AUGACUCAAGAAAACAGAAGCCAAGAAGUCAGAAGAAAUUUAGCAAACUUAAAGCUAAAGGACAUCGUCAGAAGACUUCGCGGCGUCUGCAUCAACAAGUUGCUUCGGCAACAAAACUACAAGACCAGCAAUCGUCGGCGACAACAUCAAUCAUCGACGAGAAGCUGGGAAAAAAGCAAUAGAAUAAACUCUAUUGAAACUGGAGCAAGAUUGUGGACGAAGAAUCGUGUUGGAGGAUCAAUAAGGCAGUCAACGAGUCUCCGGUCCACCAGCGACUUCAAUGUCAACGACAAUCAUCGACACAAUCGCGCUCUCGAGCACACAAUCAACAACAACUGCUCAAAACAACAUGGGACAAGAAUAAGCUGUCAUCGCUCACUCCUUUGUGCUCAAGAUGUUUCAAAGACGCUAAAAGAAGUCAAUCAAAGAAGAAACUACAUUGAAGUAAGCGAGAAGAAGAUAAGAAGGUCGUUAUCGACGUACAAGAACAUCGCUCGUCCUUCGGAAUUACUAGCUGCCAUCCAGUCGUCUUCACAAUCAUUUGGGACAUUGCACCCAGUAGAUGUCAACAAGUCAAUUGCUGCAACAACAAAGAUUCAAGACGAAGAACAACUCUACGCCGUUCAUCCUAAACCAGAAGACCACAAAGAAGUCGUUCGCUCAGCGACUCCAGAAGUCAAGAGGGACAACUUCGUUCCUCAGAAAGCAGCAAGAACUAAAAACGAUUGGAAUCAACCAAUGUCUUCAAAGAAGGAAAGCAUGUCAUCUUCAAGCUCAGAAGUUCAAAAGAAGAACAAUCAGACUGGCUCGUCUCCAAGGAUCGUUGCGUCAAGAAAACUUCGACAAAUCACGUCAUCAAGAAGUCUACCAGCAAUUCCAGGAGAAACUCAACGACAACGCCUACAAGUCAAGCUGUAG